CGGCUCGGCUCGGCUGCGCUCGGACCGGUUCGGCUCGGAGCGGUUCGGCUCGGACCGGUUCGGCUGGACUGAGCUCCGCUCGGCUCCGAGAGGUUCGGUUGGGUUCGGCCGGGCUCGGAGCGGUUCGGCUCGGCUCUGCGUGGCUCGGAGCGGUUCGGCUCGGCUCGGCUCGGCUCGGUUCGGCUCGGAGCGGAGAUGGCGGUGCCGGAGCCGGACGCGCGGCUGGCGCAGGAGAAGGAGGAGGAGAGCGAGGAGGAGAGCGAGAUCCUGGAGGAGAGCCCCUGCGGGCGCUGGCAGAAGCGCCGCGAGCAGGUGAACCAGGGGAACAUGCCAGGCAUCCAGAGCACCUUCCUGGCCAUGGACACGGAGGAGGGCGUGGAGGUGGUGUGGAACGAGCUGCUCUUCACCGACAAGAAGGCCUUCAAAGCACAUGAGGAGAAGAUCAAGACCAUGUUUGAGCAGCUGGUGCUGGUGGAUCACCCCAACAUCGUCAAGCUCCACAAGUACUGGCUGGAUGUGAAGGACAUGAAGGCACGGGUCAUCUUCAUCACAGAGUACGUGUCCUCAGGGAGCCUGAAGCAGUUCCUGAAGAAAACAAAGAAAAACCACAAGGCCAUGAAUGCAAGGGCCUGGAAACGCUGGUGUACCCAGAUCCUCUCUGCUCUCAGCUUCCUGCACUCCUGCCAGCCCCCCAUCAUCCACGGCAACCUCACCAGUGACACCAUCUUCAUCCAGCACAACGGGCUCAUCAAGAUCGGCUCAGUUUGGCACAGGGUGUUUGCAAAUGCCCUGCCCGACGACCUGCGCAGCCCCAUCAGGAUCGAGAGGGAGGAGCAGCGCAACCUGCACUUCUUCCCCCCGGAGUAUGGCCAGCGGGCUGACGGGACAGCUGUGGACAUCUUCUCCUUCGGGAUGUGUGCGCUGGAGAUGGCCGUGCUGGAGAUCCAGACCAACGGGGACACGCGGGUCUCGGAGGAGGCGAUCAUGAGGGCACGACAUUCCCUGGAUGAUCCCAACAUGCGGGAGUUCAUCCUGUCCUGCUUGACCCUCAACCCGGACAAGCGACCCACGGCCAACAACCUGCUCUUCCACCGGGUGCUGUUUGAGGUCCACUCCCUCAAGCUGCUGGCAGCACACUGCUUCAUCAACCACCAGUAUCUGAUGCCAGAGAAUGUGGUGGAAGAGAAGAUAAAGGAGCUGGACCUGAACAUGGUGAUGGCAGAGAUACGGAGAGGGGGCCAGCCUGGAGCACAGUGGAGGUACUCAGAGGUUUCCUUCCUUGAACUCGACAAGUUCUUAGAAGAUGUCAGGAAUGGGAUUUAUCCCCUGAUGAACUUCGCCGUUUCCAGACCUCACGCCCUCCCACGUGCCCUCUCCCAGCCCCCAGAGGACCCUCAGAAAGCCAAGACUCCCACCCCAGAGCCCUUUGAUGUGGAGACCAGGAAGGUGGUGCAGAUGCAGUGUAACAUGGAGCUGAACGAGGACAAGACCCAGUGGCACCUCACUCUGCUGCUGAUCCUGGAGGACAAACUGCACCGACAGCUCAGCUACGACCUGCUGCCCACUGAUAACUCCAAGGACUUGGCCACAGAGCUGGUGCACUAUGGCUUCAUCCAUGAGGACGACUGUGAGAAGCUGGCCAACUUCCUGGAGAAUGCCUUCCACAAGCACCGCUCCCCUCCCGUCUGGUGAUCCUGGCAGAGGGGAGGAGAGGAGCAGGCUUGGGAAGCUCUGGUGCAGUUUCCCACCUGCCACAUCCCAGACUUCACACCCAGCUUCUCCUGGUUUGUGAAGGUGUCCCCAGCAGAGCUGGAGCAGGGGGAUGCCUUGAAACUGGAACUGCACCUCUUGGUGCAAGCUGAGGAGGGGACUUUGUGAGAAGAAAUCCCAGAACUCCAAACUCACCAGCUGGAUCCCAACGUGUGGAUCAGCAGAACCCUGACUGGUGCUGAACAAGAAGCCUUCUUCUCCCCCAGCCUGUCCUACAGCCUUCCAAAACCAACUGCACCGUUCAGGGGAAAGACCCUGGUGGCUCUUCCUUCCCUCUUUCUCCUGGGACGGCUGGAACUUCACUCAUCAGCCUGGAGAAAGGGUCGACUCAUCCGAGUUGGGUUCAGUUGGGGAAAGGUGCAAACAGGAAUGACGUGUGUGCUGAACUCUGU